GGCGCUGGGAGGGUGGAGCGGUUUGUCCGUCACAAACGUCGGGAAUUGUGGUACAACGCCACAAGAAGAAUAAAAAAUAACUUGGAUCAAACUGUUAUCGUAGUUUGGAGACUGCAUUCUUCACAUUACUAUUCGAUUUAUCAGAAGAAAGCAAGUCCAGAUUAAUAAAAGCAUCCCAAACAGAUUAAAAAUAAAGGAAUGUGCCAGGCGUACAGCGCACUGUUCAUAUUUUCAUUAAGCGCACUUACUGACGAAGACCUUGGGACAUGAUGGUGGGAUGCUAGACGCGGCUUGCCAGUUGCAGUCCUCGCCGUCUGAUUCUUGUUGUUUUUCUCGCGGCUGAUUUAUCUAUCAAUUCCCAUCAAAUGUAAAGGAUUAUAACAUUUGAAGACUUCUCUUUCGGAGUUUUAAAGUGAUACAGCCAUUUUAACGGACUAUCAGUCCAAUUCUCCAGCUGAAUUAUUUCGCCUAAGGGAGUUGGCCGCUUAUUCUUUGGCAAAUGUUUCUUCUUUGGGAGAUGAAGGUUAAUUACCGGAGCCGCUGGGAAAAAUUAAUUAAAGUAAGAAUAAAUUCGAGAAAAAAGUUGAGAGUUAUUAAGUGAAAUAAAUAUUUGAAGAGAUCUUUUCAGUUUUGUUACAGACAUUAUGUGCUGAAGUACCACGGUACGACGAUAAAUCCAUAUAUCCAUUUUUUGACCAGUUGAAUUUAAAUCUAAUAUAUUUAAAGUAGUAAUUAAUAUUAAACUGUAAUGAAAAUUUAAUUUUAAAUGGUUUUGUAAUGUUUUAAUUAACAACUGCUUGUAUUAUAUAGAUGAAGGCCUACUAUUUGUUUUUAUUACUGACUAUUCUGUCUGGGGAAUCAUACAUGAUGCAUGAAAUCAUUUAUGCGUUCUAAAGUGAAACCUGACACACAUCAAGGUUCCAUUUAAAUUACAGCUGAAGAAGUGUACAUAUUUUUAUAUCAGUUGUGGACUGUUAGCUAUUAUAACUGGAUUAGCCGUCAGCUUCUCUGGCAUUUCAUCUGUGUUUCUGGGUUUCGAUCUGAACUUUCACAAAUUGAGCAAGUGGUAGAGUAGUUAUGUGUGAGUGAGUCGAAGUGUUGAUCUAAAGAGAAGUGUGUUUGCAUUCUCUAUAUAUAUUCAAAUGAAAUCAUUUGAAUAUAUAUAUUGUCAUUGUUUUCUAUUUGAAGAAGAAUAAAGAACAAACUUAGUAAAUAUGUCACUAAAAGCCAAGGCUCUCUAUGAUUUCCAUAGUGAAAACAAAGAAGAGAUCAGCAUUUUGGAGAAUGAGGAACUAACCAUUUUUGAUGAGCACUCUAUAGAUGGUUGGUUACAGGGUGAGAACAGUCAAGGGCAGAUGGGUCUCUUCCCAGCAUCUUAUGUGGAAAUAAUCCGGCCUGAUUUGUGUCUGAGGGGGUGUUCCCCAAGCCCAGCCGGCUCUUCUGGAAAUCAGUGGUGCUUCCUGCCCACUCAGGACAUGCCUGCGGGUGGCCAGCAGAGCUGUGAAGAUGACAAUAGCUGGGAUGACUGGGAUGACUGGGAUGACAGUUUGUCAGUGGAGGAAGAGGGACAUCCCCAGCAAGGUGCCAACACUAAUGAGAGGAGCUGUGGAAGUCCCUGCAGCAGCCCCACCGUUCGCCAUCACCUCAGACCCACAGAGAGAGCUGACAGAAUGUGUAGCUCACAAAGGGGCAGCAUGGUAACCAGGAAUCUAAACCGCUUCUCAAGCUUUGUGCGCUCUGGGGUGGAGGCAUUUGUACUGGGCGAUGUACUGCUAACGGCUAAGAGAGCAGAGUCCUAUUCCAUUGAAAUGGGUCCUCUAGGCCCCCAGUGGAAGGACAGCCCCAAGCCUUUUUCUUGCUCCAUUGAGGAUCCCACCAAGCAGACCAAGUUUAGAGGUAUCAAAACAUACAUCUCCUACCGCAUCACACCGAGUCACACAGGUCGUCCAGUGUAUCGACGCUACAAACAGUUUGACUGGCUGUACACCAGGCUGCUGCAGAAGUUUACGAUCAUAUCUUUGCCCCAUUUACCUGAGAAACAGACCACAGGGCGCUUUGAGGAUAACUUCAUUGAGAAGCGCCAGCGCCGCCUGGCACUGUGGAUGGAUCACAUGACCAGCCAUCCAGUGCUCUCACAGUACGAAGGCUUCCAGCAUUUCCUUCUGUGCACCGAGCACCGGCAGUGGAAGCUGGGGAAGCGCAGGGCAGAACGGGAUGAGAUGGUAGGUGCUCAUUUCCUGCUGACCUUGCAGAUCCCUAAUGAGCACCUGGACUUUCGGAAAGUGGAGGAGAGGAUAGGUAUCUUCAAGGACUUCGCCAAGGGUAUGGAUGAGAGCAUCAUGCAGUCAGCCCACGUGGUCUCCGAGCUGGUCCGCAAGCACGUGGGCGAUUUCCGUAAGGCAUUCCAGAGGUUUGGUUAUGCCUUCCAGUCCAUCAGCCAGACCUUCACCCUUGACCCCCCUUACUGCUCAGAUGCCCUGAACAGUGCCAUCUCCCAUACAGGCCAGACCUUUGAGAACAUUGGGGAGAUGUUUGCAGAACAGCCAAAGUACGACCUCUUCCAUGUGUUGGACAGACUCUCACACUACCAGGGUCUAUUGGCCAACUUCCCAGACAUCAUUCAUGUACAGAAGGGCUUUUGCACUUUGUGUCCAGGUGCAUUCAGCAAGGUGAAGGAAAGCCAGCGAAUGAGUAAGGAGGGGAAGAUGGGCCGGCACGAGGCGGACGGUGUGCAGAAGCGUUGCCAGGCCGUGGGCUUUGCCCUUCAGGCAGAGAUGAACCACUUCCACAGGCGACGGGUAGUGGACUUCAAGAAGAUGAUGCAAGCCUAUUUGAGAGAGCAGAUCGCCUUCUACCAGCGUGUGGGCAGGCAGCUGGAAUGCACCCUCCACAUGUAUGAACAUUUCUAGAGUUUUCUUCAGGCCACAGUUUCGCUUGGCUUUUCUGUAGAUGUCCAAACCUAUAAAAAGGGUAGAUGUUAAACUUUACAUGGAUCUCAAAUCGAAUGACAAAGAUACACUCCAUUUUGCUUUGGAUUCAGAACUCUGUUGAGUUACUGCUGUGAAAACGUUUUUAUAUAUGCAGCCAUUUUGCACAACCACCUAUCCAGAAUGGCUUCACUGACAGACUGGAGUCCACAGUGUAUGUGGCAGAAGGCACCCUGGACAGGAUACCUGUCCACAGCGAGGGGCUUUUUUUGUUAUGGAAGGUUAGAAGUUUCCAGUUUCCCAACUGCAAAUACUAAAAUGAGAUGGAAUUAUAGGAAUAGAUACUUCAUUGAUCCCUGUGGGGAAAUUGUCUUUAUGCCUCCCUCAACUUGCUCUUUGUAGAGUAAGCUGUAGGUGAAGGGCAGCCACCCAUGGCGACGCCCAGGGAGCUGGGGGUUAAGG